AUGGGUGCCAUUCCAGACCACCCGUCUUUACAUCGGAUCCCUCCAGGGUACAGGACAAAGCUGAGCUCGAAAGCAAUUGAGAUCAUUGCACGAGUCCAUGACUGGGUCGAGAAUGAAUGCAUUCCAGCCGACCACAUUGUCAAGGCUCAGCUGGAGAAGAACCGCUGGGCUAUGCCGCCGUAUAUCAAGGAGUUGAGGAAGAAGGCCAAAGCAGCAGGCUUGUUCAACCUCUUCCUACCCAAUCACUUCAAAGAAAGCCCUGGCCUUACGAUCCUCGAGUACUCGUGUUGCUGCGAGCUUCUCGGACGAGUAUAUUGGGCUCCCAUGACGCUCAACUGCCACGCACCCGAGACUGGGAACAUUGAGCUUUUGGCCAAGUAUUGCACCGAGGAGCAGAAGAAGAAAUGGAUGCAGCCGCUUCUCGAGGGAGAGUGGUCUUCGGCGUAUUCCAUGACAGAACCGGAUGUGGCAGCUUCGGAUGCGACAAACAUUGCGUGCAGGAUCAGACGUGAGGGGAAUGAAUAUGUAAUCAACGGCCGGAAACUGUACGGAAACUGGAUGGCGAAUGAGGACGUAAAGUUCUAUAUCCUUAUGGGCUGCUCUGACCCGGACAAUCCAGAUCCGUGGCGGCGGCAUUCGACUGUGAUCGUGCCCCGGGAUACUCCAGGAUUGAAGAUGGUGCGACACAUGACAAUCAUGGGCUACGACUGUGCUCCAGAAGGCCACGGCGAGUAUCUGUAUGAGAAUGUGAGAAUCCCUGUCGAGAACAUCAUCCUGGGAGAAGGGAGAGCCUUUGAGAUCGCGCAGGGUCGGUUGGGUCCCGGCAGGAUACACCACUGCAUGAGACUGCUUGGACAAGCCGAGCGCGCAUAUGAGCAUGCCUUGAUCAGAGCGACAGAUGUGAGGAAGAAGCCUCGGGGCAAAUUGAUCGGUGAAUUCGACAGCAACAUCGAACGACUUGCCACCAUGCGGAUGGAGAUAGAUGCACUCCGACUGGUUGUCUUGAAUGCCGCAGAAACCAUGGACCUCCUGGGUAAUGUCGCGGGGAGAUAUGCCAUCGCGCAGUCCAAGAUCAUGGUGCCUUUGGGGGUGACCAAGAUCAUCGAUGAAUGCAUGCAAAUGUUUGGUGGCCAAGGGCUCACGCAGCACACCUUCCUCCCAGAAGCUUGGACUUAUGCCAGGUUUGUGCGAAUCGCAGACGGGCCGGACGCCGCGCACAGGCAUCAAGUCGGUCGAGAUCAGUUGAAGACGGCCGCCCAAGUCAGGAUGAAGCAUCUUGGGUACAAGAAGCGAUAUCACCAGCUUGCCAAGGAAUGGGGAGUGCCGGCGACCGAACGGUUCGAGUAUGUUGAGCGACUGGAGAAGUUGUAG